AUAUUGAUGGCUACCUACCGAGGAAUCAUACUACUACUGCUGGGACUGGUUACCAUUCACGGCCAAGGUUUGCCCUCUUCGACCUCUGACGAGAACUAUGUCUCCUGUUGGACGGGAGCCCAGUGCGACUCCUGCCGCCCAGGCUUCGUGGGGAGCGUCAACGGCGAGAACCGCUGCUGUCCAAACUGCGCCCCACAAGGACUGAUAUUGUCCCCCACCGUCUGCCUCUGCCGUCGGACUGCCGCUACAAACCUGAAUGAUACUGGCACAGAUCGUGUAGGACCCGGCUCAAACCGGCCCACACCGGCACUAACUGGAGAACGGCAGACAGAACCAACGACUCUGGAUAGUAAUGAAAUGAAUGGAUACAUGCCGCCACAAACUGCCGCCACAAACCCCGAGGAUACUGGCACGGAUCGUGUAGGACCCGGUUCAAACCGGCCCACACUGGCACUAACUGGAGGACGGCAGACAGAACGACCGACUCUGGAUAGUAAUGCUUUCUAUAUUACUGGACCGGCUUUUCCGCUUCUGAUAAUUUGCAUUCAGGACAAGCAUUGCUCGUUUCUGAUGUUUACAGACUUGCGGAUCAGGUACACAAACGACAACUGCAGCUGCAGCCUGUGCAGCUACAAGUAG